CUCUUCUUCAAUUCCGUUUAGCCUCCCCUCUUUUUCCGCUAGGUUGACGUUUCUGUUUUUCUUUGCAUUUUCCCGAGAAACUUCACAUUCUCAUUCCCCUUUUACUCGUUUUCCCUUCUCCAUAUAAAUUCAGGCUCUGCAUGGUAGGGGAAUAAAAUUCGUUGUUGGUUUCAGAUUUGGAAAAUUCCCUAUUUCGUUCUCUUACCCAUAAAUUUUUGAGCUUCUCCUGAACGGCCAUCGUGGAGAUUCUCGGAUCAGGUCGGGCUGCGAGAGGGGGGUUUCACGGCGGCGAUAGAUUCAUCUUCUGCCUUCUUUUGAGGGGGUAGCCGGGGCUCCGGCCUCGGCGGUUUUUAAACCCCUACCUUCACAAAAUCUGGGAAAAUUUUAGAUUUACAAAAGUUUCGAUUCCUCCGUCUCUCGAAAGUGUUUUCUUUUUUUCGUUUUCGAGAUUUUUUUUCUGUAAAGUAAAUUGGGAUCGUUGCUGAAAGAGAGUGAAGAAGAAGAUGCCUGCCUUAGCUUGCGUUGAUACUGCCUUUGUGCCUCCAGGCUACGCUUUCUCCGGUGAUAGCUCUCUUCCCACCGCCGGUGACGUCUUUAUGCCGGCUUCUCCAAAUUCCGCCGCCGCUUCCGUUGUUGACAGCUCUUGCCGUUGGUCCUCGUCGCUCUCCGCCUCGCUUUACAGGAUCGACGGAUGGGGAGCUCCUUAUUUCGUCGCCAACUCGUCCGGUAAUAUCUCUGUUCGUCCACAUGGGUCUGAUACUAUGCCUCACCAAGAUAUCGAUCUGCUGAAAAUCGUCAAGAAGGUGACGGAUCCGAAAUCCUCCGGUGGUUUAGGAUUGCAGCUUCCGCUUAUCGUCCGGUUCCCGGAUGUAUUGAAGAACAGGCUCGAGUGCCUCCAAUCUGCGUUUGAUUUCGCGAUUCAGAGCCAGGGAUACGAUUCGCAUUACCAAGGUGUUUAUCCUGUGAAAUGCAAUCAGGAUCGAUUCGUCGUCGAGGACAUCGUCAGGUUUGGAUCUCCUUUCCGGUUUGGAUUGGAAGCUGGUUCUAAACCGGAGAUCCUUCUCGCCAUGAGCUGCUUGUGCAAAGGUAAUCCCGAUGCCUUUCUUGUGUGUAAUGGAUUCAAAGAUGCUGAGUAUAUAUCCUUGGCUCUGCUCGGGAGGAAACUGGCGUUGAACACUUUGAUUGUGCUCGAGCAAGAAGAAGAACUCGAUCUGGUUAUCGAUCUGAGCCAGAAGAUGAAUGUGAGGCCUGUGAUUGGGUUACGAGCCAAGCUGAGAACCAAACACUCGGGUCAUUUCGGAUCAACGUCAGGUGAAAAAGGCAAAUUUGGAUUGACCACUAGUCAGAUUGUUCGUGUCAUGAGGAAGCUGAGCCAGUCUGGUAUGCUGGAUUGCCUCCAGCUCCUGCAUUUUCACAUUGGGUCACAGAUUCCAUCGACGCCUUUGCUCACUGAUGGAGUCGCCGAGGCUGCUCAGCUUUACUGUGAACUCGUGCGUCUCGGUGCGAAUAUGAAGGUUAUCGAUAUCGGUGGUGGUUUGGGGAUUGACUACGACGGGUCUAAAUCCGGAGAAUCUGAUCUCUCUGUUGCGUAUACUCUCGAGGAGUAUGCAGAAGCUGUUGUAGCUUCUAUACGGUUUGUAUGCGACCGGAGAUCAGUGAAACAUCCGGCGAUAUGCAGCGAAAGCGGAAGAGCGAUAGUCUCUCAUCACUCCGUGCUGAUCUUCGAAGCUGUCUCUGCUUCGUCGAACGUUAAACCAAUGGCUCAUCGUGCGAAUCCCGAUGAUAUUCAGUUCCUGCUCGAAAGUGAGGAAGCUCGAGCCAAUUACGAGGAUCUCUACGCGGCUGUGAUGCGUGGAGACCACAAAAGCUGCCUCCUUUACGUAGAUGAGCUGAAGCAGAGAUGUGUUGAAGGUUUCAAAGAUGGUGUUUUGAGCAUCGAGCAGUUAGCUUCUGUUGAUGGGUUAUGCGAGUGGGUGUUGAAGGCUAUAGGCGCAUCGGAUCCGGUUCAGACUUACAAUAUCAACCUUUCGCUUUUCACUUCGAUUCCUGAUCUCUGGGGGAUUGAUCAGCUCUUUCCAAUAGUUCCUAUCCACAAGCUCGAUCAAAGGCCAGGAGCUCGAGGGAUCUUAUCGGAUUUAACGUGCGACAGUGAUGGGAUCAUUGACAAGUUCAUAGGCGGUGAAACCAGCUUGCCGUUGCACGAGGUGGACAACAAUGGCGGUGGUGGUGGAGGAAAGUACUUUUUGGGUAUGUUCCUUGGAGGUGCUUACGAGGAGGCGCUCGGUGGAGUCCAUAACUUGUUUGGCGGGCCUAGUGUGGUCCGUGUCACGCAGAGCGAUGGACCACACAGCUUUGCAGUGACUCGAGCCGUGCCUGGCCAGUCCUCUGCGGAUGUUCUCCGAGCAAUGCAGCAUGAGCCCGAGCUACUGUUUCAGACCCUGAAGCACCGAGCAGAGGAAUUGAGGCAUACCAAAGGCGGUGACGAUGAAGGUGGAGAAGAAGAAGAUGAUGAUGAUGGUGAUGAGUUCAACGAUAUUGCGAAUCGUCUCGAUCGUUCGUUCCACAACAUGCCGUAUCUUGCGACUGAGCCGGCAUCUCCAAGUAACUCUCUUUCAGCUGCGAUCGAUAACCUUGGCUUUUACUACUGCGACGAAGACGGCUUCGAUUACCUCUCUGCGUGAGAAAGAAGGUGAUCGUGUGGUUUGUUGUUGCAUUCUAUUAUCUUAAAAUCGUCAUUUCAAUAAAUUGUUAGAACAAUAAUAUGGUGAUAUCCAUCGUUGUUUAAGGUUUUUAAUUAAAGGAUCCCGAAUGAUGAAAGUCCUUUUGUGAAAUUAGGAAGGAUCUUUGUAUCUUAUUUUUUCUAUGUUCCCGUUGAAAAUGUAGUGUUCCGGUUUCAUACAUGAAAUAGAAUACCAUUUUAUGAGCU